AUGGAAGAGAUUGAGCUGGUUUACGGUGCAAGCCCAAUAUUCUCGGCAGUAACUUACUUCUUCACUCGCCUCAUCGGAGUGAAGACUCUCCCGCUCUCCAUCAAAAUCUCUUCCAGUAUACCCCUAUAUGAGGUGGAAGAGAUUGAGUUGGUUUACGGUGCAACUGGACCUCCAGCCCAGGGACAGAUCAAAAUGGCCGACCGCACCGUUCCUCAUGCAUACCCAAUGAGUUUGAAUUACGAGAUGUGUACUCCUCCUCGAAUCUAUGAUCAGAACUUUGCAGAGGCUCCUCUGUCUUCUGAGUUUUCUGGUUCUGUUUUUACAGGUCAGGAUCACUGGAAGAGGCAGAGCGGCAGCCAGCAGAACCCAGAUGGUGGAUUGACAGGCCGCUCCAGAUCCAGUCAGAGAGUCGGAGAGUUGAGUCUCAGCAGCAGGGGGUCAUACAUCGUUGAGUGGAGGUGGAGUGGCUUGGGAUCGGACGGCCCAAGAGAACAGGAGGACAGUUGUGGCCUCUGGAGUUUGUCCGGGUCCGACAGCCUCCGAGAGAUGAUGUGUCCCCCGCUGCCAGGUCAGGUUCCUGUGGAGCCAGCAGUGACUUCUAAUGGCCUGAUAGCUCAGGGUGCCGUGGAGGCGUCUCCUGCCAACAAGAGCUCAACCGAAUAUAGGAAGAAGAAAGGACUUUGUGGUUUCCUCAGGAGGGUGUGGAAGGCUAUGAAACGGCAUUUCGGCUGCCGUUGUCACUGCAGUGCUGUGAAUGUUGUGGAGCCUUUCAUCCCUCCACCAGAUCUGGACCCAGAGCCUGACCCAGAUCACUCAGCCGUCAAGCACAAUCAUGAGUCCUUUGCUUCUCUCUUCGAGGUAGGAGAGAUGAUUGGGUCCGGGGGAUUUGGCAAGGUGUACGAGGGAAUACGGAAAUUUGAUGGCAAAAAGGUUGCCAUCAAGCAGAUCAGCAAGAUUGACAACAAUCGUUAUCUUGCUAUACCUGGGCAUCCCGAACCUCUCGUAACAGAAGUGGCGCUGCUUCUUAUGAUGAGGCAAGAACCCAGAAGCCCCCACGUCAUACAGCUGUACGAGUGGUUUGAACACCCUCGAAAUUUCACUCUCGUCAUGGAGUACCCCGAACCUUGUGAGAGCUUGUUGGACUUAAUGCACCGUAGCUUUGAACUUGAUGAACCAGCGGCACGGGUCAACAUGAGACAGGCUGUGCUGGCAGUACAACACUGCAUCGAACAUGGCGUCUUUCAUAAUGACAUUCAUCCGGGAAACUUCCUGAUCAACAAAAACACGCUAGAGCUCAAGCUGGUUGACUUUGGGUGCGGUCAGCUUCUCAGUAGUGACGGCUACGAGAGCAGAGUAUACUUUGGAUUAAGAACUUACUACCCACCUGAAGUCUUCACGGAUAGGAGAUUCCACGCCGUCCCAACAAAUGCCUGGGCUCUAGGCGUGUUGUUAUAUGAGAUGACGAACGCAUGUCCUCCUUUUAUCAGUAGAAAGGAACUCACACAAGGCAAAGUUGUAUUUGUGAACCCCAACUUAUCCAAAGGAAAUAACAAACUUGCUGUCCUUGGUGGAGGGCUUGAGCUCGUGACGUGACCCGAAGCUCGAAAUCCAACUCGCCAGGGAACUCACGCCGCCACACCAGAGAGCUCAGAGCCUGGCAACACGGGGGAUCUUGCGGACAAUAAAUCAAUCAAGAAAAAUUUGGGAUGUGCGGAGUGGAGCGGUUCAAAAGCCACACUUAUUGUAUAAGCUCCGCUUAUUAUCGCUCGGCGCUUAACGCAGUUUGCUUCGCGCUCCACUCAAAUCGCCCCUCCUGCUCGCUCCAAAAAAGGAAAAAAAAUCUGCAUAAAUUUGUAUUUCAAAGAACUAAACGCCAACAACAACAUUUUCCAAACAGAAAUGUUUCAUUUCAAAUUACAUAUUAGGACUAGCCUAUGUAAAAACAGGAAUGUAGCCUACACAAAAAGUCCUGUAAAAUUAAACGAAUAAAUGGGCCUAAUAAUAUGAAUUUAAAAUUGUAUAAACAAAAAUAUACAU